UCGAAAGUUCUUUUAAAAAUGUAUAAAGCCGAAUUUUCAAUAAAACUUCUUACAAUUGUUGGUGCUCAUAGACCAAUAAGUUGGUCAUCGUUCAUUGCAAAGAGUCUGUAUAAUUUUUUUACCGUCUUUGUGAUUAUUUUUUCAUACUCGACUUCUAUAUCAAUGUGCAUGUAUCUUAUUCUUCACUCAUUAAAUAACAUGUAUGAUGUAGCAGAAUCGUUAUUUUGGUCUCUUGCAGCUUUUGUUUCUUGUUUCAAAAUGGUAAUCUUCCUAUUUCGACGAGAAGAUAUCAUAAAAUUGAUAAAUAUUUUAAGUGAAGAUAUCUUUCAAAUUCGUGACAAUAAAGAGAAAAUUAUUCAAGAUAAAUGUGAUGUUACAGCUAGAAAGAACACAAACUAUUUUUUCGCAAUAACCUUUGCCACAGCGUUAACGAUGAUAUUUGGAGGAUUGAUAAAGGGAAACGAUAUUAGUUUGCCAUUGAAAGCAUCAUUUCCGUACAACUAUAAUCAGAAAGCAGCAUUUUGUUUGACAUAUGUUGGUCAAUCUGUAUUUAUUUGUUUUUCUGGUUUUAUUACUGUUGCAUCUGAAACCUUUAUAAUGACGAUGUUGAUCCAAAUUUGUUCUCAGCUUGAUAUAAUAUAUCAUCGUCUUCAAAGUUUGUCAUAUUUGUAUAGAAACAAUAUGAGAUACAUCAUGUUUAAUGAAACAGAAGAGGCCAACAUUAUUAAAAGCUGUAUUGUGCAUCACAAUUACGUCUACAUCAAGGUUGUGGAGAAACAAGGUAUGUGUAAAGCUCAAUGGAUGCGUGGAAAGGAAAGUUGGAAGCAUAGAUGGAAGCCCCCCUCCCAACCGAACCAAAGUGAAUUAUAA